AUGAAAAUCAAACACUAUCCAGGAAAAGCGGUCAUGGAGGACCCGUGGCUUUCGUUAAACGACAGAACUAUGGAUCUCGUUUAUGCUGCCAACUGGGUCGGCGCAGAAAAUCUAAACGAUUACAACAGUAGCAGCAGUAGUCAAUCAAAUGGAUCCAAAUUUAAUUCUAUAUCAAGAAGCAAAUCGUGCCGCGAUGUAGGCCGAAGCGUAGAUAACGAUCAAUUUGAUAGACCGUACGAAGCGGCACAUAAUGGAUAUAAUUACUCAACCGAGUUUCCUAGCAAUAACAAUAUAUCACAAUUAGCGAAGUAUCAACAAGAUAUAGAAGAAAAAACCAGGUCUAAUAGCAAUUUGCUAAUUCAAAAUAAAUUGAAACAUAGUUAUAGUUUUAAAGACAUGCCCAAUGGUUACAAACCCUCGACGUUAAGAAGAGUUAAGCGUAGAAAUUUCACUGAAUGGGACAUAGAUGCGUUCGGUAAUGGUGAGCGACCACCUGUGCCACCACAAAGAAAAGAGUCUCUGAAAUACGCUCACCGACAGCGGAAGGUAGACUCCAAAAAGAAUUACUACCCACAUCCCGACCCAGGUCCUGUACCUCCAGACCCAUCGUCAGAAUCGUAUUACGAGUAUUACUCCAGAGUAAGCCAGCAAAAUAACGAUACUGACAGCGAUAAAAUUAAACUGCAGAGGGAUCCAAAGAAAGAGGCUUACAGCACGAUUUCGAAAAACUCAAAUGGUCUUGGAAAAGAUGUGUACAAUAUCAUCAACUCCAUGGCGACUCUAGACCUAGCUCCUAACAAAUCUAGGUCCGGAAAAACCAAACACGAUAGGGAUAGUGAUGCGGAAAACUUCGGUUUAUAUAAUAAUCAUGAUGGAUCUACAUGCAAACAAAUUCCUCCACACACAAAGCAAAUUAACACUGAACGGAACGGUCGUGUAGACGAUACGCGACCCAAUUUUCGUUCUAAGUCAUUAAGAGUGAAGAGUGACAGUAGAGCUCCGUUGAAAGCGUAUUUGGACACAAUGGAAUAUGGCGACAACGCUUUCAAUAACGUUACUGUCACUCAACCGAAGAGGAACCUCUCUCCGAGCGAACAACUGACGUUAAUGCAGUACGAAAUGUGUAAAGGAAGUCAAAAUCCGCCUCUACCGGUCAUCAGUAACGGUUAUAACUCAGUUAAAUGGGGGAAAGAAAGUGACCAUCGGACUAAAAACGGUGCCAAUAGCACUGAUAAGUACAGCAAAUUAUAUAAUACAGUGCGUGUGAAAAGUGACGACAGAUAUGAUAGGUACAACGACAUUUUAUCUCCGGGGCAGCCCGGAGAGCGGAUAAGCGAAGAACGUGUUAGUGAUAAAGCGAAGAACGGUGCAUAUCGCAGUGCUAAAAGUUCAUCCAGCGGUUCCGAUUCGGACUUUUCUAUACCGAGACCUAAACUCAUUGUGCCUGUGCAUACUUAUGGUACACGAAAGCGAAGGACAGGGAACCUUUGUCAGCGCGAUAGUACCGCGACUGAGUCGACGUUGGACGCCGGCAUUUUGCUUGACGUGUCGCGUCUAGAAGACCAGACCAAAGAAAAUCACCGGAAUGGAAAUUCAGAGGGCAAAGUGGAAGUGUCACGAGAGAACAAAUACCUCAGCACAAUGGCCCCAGGAAAAGUAUUUGGUGAGCUGGCUAUCCUCUACAAUUGCAAGAGGACAGCCACCAUAAAGGCUGCUACCGAUUGUCGACUCUGGGCUAUCGAGCGGCAAUGCUUCCAGACCAUAAUGAUGCGUACUGGGCUUAUCCGGCAAGCUGAAUAUACGGACUUCCUUAAAAGUGUCCCCAUCUUCAAGAAUCUACCCGAAGACACGCUCAUCAAAAUAUCUGACGUUCUUGAAGAGACACAUUAUCAAAAUGGCGACUACAUCAUUCGGCAAGGCGCUAGAGGAGACACAUUCUUCAUUAUUUCUAAGGGACAGGUCAAGGUAACGCAGAAGCAACCCAACAGCAAUGAUGAAAAAUUCAUAAGAACUCUCACUAAAGGCGAUUUCUUCGGCGAAAAAGCAUUACAAGGAGACGAUCUUCGAACGGCGAACAUUGUCUGCGACUCGCCAGAGGGCACCACAUGUCUCGUUAUCGAUCGAGAAACCUUCAAUCAGUUGAUCUCGACCCUUGACGAAAUCCGCACCAAAUACAAGGACGAAGGCGACGAUAGACAAAGGCUAAACGAAGAAUUCGCCAACCUCCGCUUGUCAGACCUUCGCAUCAUAGCGACCUUGGGUAUCGGAGGCUUCGGCCGAGUGGAACUGGUGCAAAUCCAAGGAGACUCGAGCAGGUCCUUCGCUCUGAAACAAAUGAAGAAAGCCCAGAUCGUUGAGACGAGACAGCAACAGCACAUCAUGUCAGAAAAAGAGAUAAUGUCCGAAAUGAACUGUGAAUUCAUAGUGAAGUUGUAUAAAACGUUCAAGGACCGUAAAUACUUGUAUAUGCUGAUGGAGACUUGCCUUGGUGGAGAGUUGUGGACUAUCUUGAGGGAUAGAGGACAAUUCGAUGACUCAACUACAAGAUUCUACACGGCAUGUGUAGUUGAAGCGUUCCACUAUUUACAUUCUAGAAAUAUUAUUUACAGAGAUCUCAAGCCUGAGAACUUACUACUAGACUCUAAAGGGUACGUGAAGUUAGUAGACUUCGGCUUCUCCAAGAAGUUGCAAGCGAGCCGCAAGACUUGGACCUUCUGUGGUACUCCGGAGUACGUCGCGCCAGAAGUCAUCAUGAACAGAGGUCAUGACAUCAGCGCGGAUUAUUGGUCAUUGGGUGUUCUGAUGUUUGAGCUUCUAACUGGUUCACCACCCUUUACUGGCGCGGACCCCAUGAAGACAUACAACAAGAUAUUGAAGGGUAUCGAUGCAGUGGAGUUCCCUCGAUGCAUAACACGAAACGCUGCUAAUCUCAUCAAGAAGUUGUGCAGAGAUAAUCCAGCUGAAAGACUUGGCUACCAGCGCGGUGGUAUCACUGAAAUUCAAAAGCAUAAAUGGUUCGACGGUUUUAACUGGGAAGGUCUCGCUAUGCGAACACUGGAACCACCCAUCAAGCCUACGGUUAAGUCUGCCAUAGAUACCCACAACUUCGACCAAUACCCCCCGGAUGCAGAUGAACCGCCACCCGACGAUUUAUCAGGAUGGGACGCGACGUUCUAG